UUUCUUCGAAACCUCCAGCCAGCCAGCGAGGUGGAUUUGUGAUUCGCGACUUUUGCCAGCAAGAGGCAGCAAAAAAUAAGUCUUUAUUUCCUAAAGUCCGCAACCAUUUCACUUUUUUCCGCGAUCCGUGGAGUUUGCUGUGUGGUGGCAGUGAAAAACGGUGAGACUACGCGGAAUCUAACCAUUCGGGCACAGCAACAUUUCAGCGUAAAAGAAGAAAGGGGAGGUUGAAGAAGAGGAACUUCCUCGCGACGACGACAACGGGAACGACGAAGGUAGUGCUACGGAAUAUUGAAAGUCUCUUCGAAUUGAAAGGAGAAAUUUCCGCACCUCAGUUGGUGAUAUUUUUGUGUGGGCAAACCCAGUGUGUGUAGUGGGUGGCUGUGUGGUGAGGCAAGAAGCUCGGGAAGCACCAAUUACAGGAUUACGCGAGCUUCUGGUGUUUUGAAUUGGGAGUGGGAUUCGGUACGUGUUGUGGGACAAAUCCUGGAAGCAUCUGAUACUACUCCAGAGGAGAUUGAAAGCCGUGGAAAAUGUCAGAAAAGCCUGCACAGAAGCUGUCGGAGUCGGACGAUUUCACCGAUAAUUCAGUAGAUAAUGCCAACGAUGCAGCCCGGGAAGACACAUCGCAGCAGAGCGGGUUAGCCACAGUCGAAUCCGAGUAUGACACAGCGUCCGACUCUCCAUCGGAUGGCGAGGAAUAUGAUGAUCAGGAAGAAGAGGACAGCGAGAGCGGAGAAGAAGAUGAGUUGGUCACCGAUGGCGACGAGGAUGAAGACGCUGACGACGGUUCAGAUGACGACGUCAUCGAAGUGCUGGAUAACGAACGGCAGAGCGGCGACGGUCAGGAGCAGGAGACGGACAGCAAGCGUAAGGUAGAUGACGAUGAAGAUCGGAGCAAUCCGCAGUAUAUUCCCAAGAAAGGAACCUUCUACGAGCACGAUGACCGAACGUUGGAGGACGAGGAAGAUAGUAAGGCUGGUGAUGAGAGCUUAAACAGCGAGGACCCAGCCGGGCCCGGCAGUGAAAGGAAGGGCGACAAAAAUGCGGUGUCCAAAGCAACGAAAAAAUGGCAAGUGUCAGCUGAUCGAUGGACACACGAUCGGUUCGAUGAGAGCGAGCAGGCUCCAAAAUCAAGAGCAGAACUGGUUUCAGCCUACGGGUACGACAUCCGCAGUGAAGACGGUCCCCCGCGGGCCCGCAGGAGGAGACGUUAUGCUCGAGGUCCUAAUCGAUACACCAGGAAUUGGGAGGAUGAAGACGCAUACUCCAAAUCCAAUGUGGUUGAUCAUAUCCGUCAACGGAAAGUCCCACGGCCAGAAGAGUUUCCUGAGUUGGGAACUAACAACGGUAAAACCCGACAGAACACAAGACGAUCUAGCAAACAAUCGCGAUCAUCCGGUGGUGGUGAUCGAGGUGAUGAUCUCAUUGGAAGACAGCGAACGGAAAGAAGAACCAGCGAACGCAGUCGUGGUAGCAAUGGCAAUCGAAGCAUGGGUGAUCGUGAUCGCGAUCGGGGAGCUGAAAGAGAUCGCAAUGACAGAUAUGAGCAGCCCAGAUCAGAACGUGAUAGGAUCGAUAGAGAUCGCGAGCGUAAUUGGGAUAGAGAACGCGAUUACGAUCAGCAUGCUCCCGAUAACUAUCGGGACAGCAGGACCGAUGGUGGACGAUAUAGUUCCGAAAGGAUGGUCAACAAUAAUAGCUAUCACAACAAGGAGAAUAAGAUUAAUAAUCGUGGUAAUAAGGAGAAGGACCGCAGAGGUAGCGAUUACAAGGUGAUAACAUCGCUUCAGUUUAAAAAUCAAACACGAAACAAGACCAUGGAUGGAGGUGGUAUGCCAAUUACUGGUGGCAGUGGAGCAGUAAACCAAGUUGUGCACAGUAAUAGCGCGGGCGCACUGUCUGGUAGCAGUAACAGCAACAAGAUGAAUAAUGCAAUGGACCGUGUCCAAGCUGUGCCGGAACGCAUGUUGGAUCAACGUGCUGUACAACAUCACUAUCCAAACCAACCACCCCAAAUGAUUCAACAAUCACAGCAGCAUCAACCACAGCAAGUUAUCACACACCAGCAACAGCAAUUACCCCCUCAACAAUCACAAGUUCAACAGGCACAGCCCCAAGCCCAACCGCCAUCAAUACAGCACCAUCAACAGUCACCUUAUGUCAACGAUGAUCAUUACGAUUCAUACAGCGACUCAAAAAUGCCGAAAGAUGCAAAGUUUCCUUACAAUCCGCCGGCGAAUGCCACUAUCCAAUCUGUCGAAAUUGGCCAAACUGACAUUGCUAAAUAUCCUACACCAGCGGGACAGAGGCCCAGCAAAGAUCGCCAACCCGUACUAGCCGCUGCAACGGGGGUGGCAAUGAAUACACGAUCUCAAAUAUCCCCACGACAAAUAGUAUCUACACAAUCCGGACUAACAGCGAUUACCGCAACUCAGCAGUUAACACAUCAACAACAACAGCAAAUACAGCAACAGUCGCAACAGCAACAAUAUCAACUUCAACAACAAGCACAAUUCCAACAGUUGCAUUCGUUGACUACGCAGGCAGGUCCACCGACGGCGACUCAAGCUCCGCAAACUCAGGUUCCGCCCCCGCAGCUCCAGCAACAAGCACCAUCCCCGUUGACACAACCAUCUGCAGCUCAAAUGCACAACGUUCAUUUGGGUGCAUCUGUUGGGCAACAACAGUUGAUUGCUAACGAUAACAAUUCUCGAUCGUCAAAACGAUAUUCCAGCAACAGGCAGCGAACUGCAAUGGACAAUCCAAAUGUUGUCGUGGUGCAGUCGCCUCUUCACGAACAGCAGCAACAACAAUUGCUUCAACAGCAGCAGCAACAACAGUUACUACUCCAACAAGAGCUUCAACAUCAACAACAACAAAAACUCACGGCUCAGGCUCCUAAGCAGAACUAUCAAAUGAACCAGCCAUCUCUGCCGCUUAAUCUGCAAACAGAUUACCUGGUUCAAAACACAACUCAACCAGCUGCUGUCAGUAAACCGCAAACAACAGGUCAAUAUCAACAUCCAUCCGCGUACUAUUCAGCUCCCACCCCUACCGGUAGUGAAUUUGUCGCAGGAACUCCUACUCAACCAGUCCCAGUGCAACAACAACCGACAGUCCCGGUAGUUCCCCAACAACCGAACCCCCUACUUUCCGCUUCACAAUACCAACAAUACACGACGCCCAGUUCGGGUAGCCAUCAGUACAUACAGGCUCCACCGCCGGCCGCCUACAUCCCUCAGACAACAACCACACCACAACCCGCCCCUCAAACAGCCCCCGCCGCUCCACCACCUCAGAUCUUGAACUACGUUCCCUCAAUUCCUCCUGCAGCGCCGACCCAAUACCCCGCAGCACCCUACGCCGGCUAUCAGAACUUCAACACCGUGGUUCCCCAACCGGUAACACCAGCCGUCCCUCUUACGCCCGCGCAACCGGCUGCCGCUGCCGUCUAUCCCAGUGGAAUCACGUACUAUGCCCCGCAGUCCCAAACGCAAACUCCCCGGCCACUGCCAUCGCAGCGACGUCCAACUAGUGCAAUCCCAAUCCUGGCCCCACCGGAACGAAAGUCCAAAAACAAUCGCAUCGGUGCGGAUAGCACCACCGGAGCGAACGCCAACAUCAACGAAGGUGAGGAAUCCAGUGUUUCGGCCGCCGGUGGCAGUGGGACGACAUCCAAUACGACAGGCGCUGCCAGUGACAUCGAUCACAUCCUGGACAACAUGUUCGUCCAGCGGCCUGUGUUCCAACCACCCAUCCGGAAAAGCCCCUCACCUGCCCCCACAGCGACUGGUGGUGCCAGUGCGGGCGGCAGCGCUGUGUCUUCGAUGAGUGGCAGCGUAUCGGAUGUGACUUCCGAGGCACUGAAAGCCGCCGAACUGGAUUCGUUGGACAAAAUUGGGGAAUCGGUGAAGAAACUCACAAUACAGGAGGAAAAGCUCCCACUAGUCGAUGCGAGUGGACCGGAAAAGCUGGAAAUCGUACCCACAGUAGCCGCUGUGGAUCCGACAACCGGUUGACGCUACUAGUCGUGCGGCAUAGAUGUUGUGGACCCGUACUAAGCGGUUUGCGCCAAACAACCGAGCUAAUAAUCCGUUAAUACCCGCACCCAGCAGCAGCCGUCGUCGGCUGUACCUUUGUGCGUUCGCAUGGAACCGCUUUUGUAAUGUGUAUGUGCGGAACAUUAUUCAACUGUCAGCAUCUUUAUAUUGUAUCGGCUUCAUACGACUUCGACCGAUUGUUGUUACCCUGAUAUGUAUGUGUUGAAGAUCAAUGAUCCUCCAAUAGCUGCUACUUUGUUUAUUGGUGAUCCCCUCGGGGUGAUACGUUAAUCUACAUCCCAUACUCUCUAGCUUUGCACGACACAAACCGUAGAUUUAUGUUAUGGCUUAAUAUGCAAGAUUUUGAUAAACAUUCGCUCUGGUUAGCUUUUUAGAAAUUCUUUAGCGGAAAAGUUCUAUUCCCUAAGUUAUACAACUAUUUCGCUCAUAUUACACCUCUGAGAAUGCAUUUGCAUAAUUAUUUGGAUUGAAUCUCCGAACCGAAUUAUAUAUUUUUGAACAAGCUUGCAGAGACACUUUGUGAAAUUUAGACGUUGUGAAUUGAAAAUAUUAUCCUCUAUCCUGCUAUUUAAUAGACAUCUAGGAAUGUUGAAAAAAAUAUGAAACGUCAACCAUCUCUCGCGAUAUUAUGCGACUAGGAACGAUGAACCAGUGAAGAUUGAUUUUGCUUGAUCACACAUAGAGCAUACAGGUUUUGUUUAUUGGUUUUUCCUUUUUCUUCCCCAACUCGGGAUAUAAAUAUGAGAAUGCGUAAUAUAUAUGGACAUAAUGCGUUGAUGGAACACUAAUUAGACAGUAGACUUUGGCAGAUUAAGGAUCGAAACGUAAAGUUGAAUUAUAGAGCACAUAUACACACCAACUUCCCCUUUUCACCUUCAAUGGAUAGAUAUUGGAAUUUGAGAUAAAAAAAACAUUCGAGAAAGCGAUUGUGCAACUAAAAACUAUUGAUAGGACUAUGAUUGUAAUGGAAAGAAAAAUUUAUGAAUUGUAUUUAUAAUUUACAAUAAGUUGGAAUUCUAUAGAUACUAAAGAGGAAAAAAGCUAGGAUA